AUGAAGCUACAUUUGUUCUUUGCUCCUGACAAAGCAGGAAAAGCCAACCAUAAAAGGAGACCCGGGGACUUAUGUAAGCCAAAGAUAAAGGAUUCCCUAAUCCGUGAGAGUUCCCCGCCGGAACCUCCCCGGAGGGGUUCUGAGGACAUCCGGGGCUUCUCGUCCCCUCCCGAUGACAAUGACCGGAGAAUCUCCCACCACUACCCCACAGUGGAUACAAAUUCCUUUGUGGUCUCAGGAUGGAAAUCACCAGGUGCAUGGGAACUAAACAAUGCAGUGACUUCACAUCUCUACACUGAAAAAGGAUACUUGUCUGUCUCUCUAGUGCUGAAUAAAGACAUCACAGCCUGCAGGACCUCUACCAUCACAGGAACAUUGAAACGCCCAUCACUACAGGAUGAAGAGAAAUUGAAGCUCAAUCAUCAGAAGGGGUCAUCAAACUUUAACAGUCUUCCAGCCAAUGUGUCCAAGUUGCAUCUUCAGGGCUCCCCACACUACCUGGGGGCCAUCAACCUGAAUGAGUUCAGCAAUCACAGUCUCACUCUGAAGAAGGACAAGAAUCAACCACCUAAGUCUAUCUACAUUUGUGACGGGGACAUCUUCAAGAAGUUGGACUCAGAACUCUCCCGGGCACAAGAACAAACACUGGACACCAGCUAUGUCAUUCUGCCUACCAAUACAUCUACCUUACGGGCCAAACCACCCAAGGAUGAGAGCAAAUACAGCAUCAAUAUAGACCAGAUGCCCCAGACACGGCUGAUCCACCUCAGUAUGGCUACCGACCCAGGUUUUGUCGUCAAAAGUCCUCCACGGGAACCUGUGACCAUGACUUGCAGUGAGGUGCAAGGUUCUCCCAUGAUACAACAGCAGCAGCAGCUGCCUCCACAGAAUAUCCCCAGUGAGUCACAGAUUCCCAACAGCCUGUGUGACACAGGUGACUCAGGGAACUCAGGUGUGGUGUCCAAGAGUGAGACCGUCUCCACGCUCUCCAUGAGCUCCUUGGAGAGACGGAAAUCACGGUAUGCAGAACUAGAUUUUGAGAAAAUCAUGCACACAAGAAAACGUCACCAAGACAUGUUCCAAGAUCUGAAUAGAAAACUUCAGCAUGCAGAGAAGGAGAAGGAGUCUCCAACAACGGACAGCAAGCAAGAAAAACAGCAGACACCAAACAAGAGACCCUGGGAAGGAAUCAGGAAAGUCCAGUCCCCACCGUCAUGGGUUAAAAAGGACAUCGAACCUGUGGCACAAUCUCCCCUAGAACUAAAAACUGUAGAGUGGGAGAAAACAGGGGCCACCAUCCCUCUGGUGGGACAAGACAUUAUUGACCUUCAGACGGAGGUCUGAGCGGAAGGGGAAGAAAGGGACUUUUUUUUCCAGAAAACAAAUGAAACAAACAAACAAAACCACGUUUUAAAGAAAUGAUUAAAUUAAAUCGGAACCGAGCGAGAGAAGUGUUUGGUUUCUUUUGAAACCUUUGGUAAGACGGAGUAACUUUUGUAUUGUUCUCAGCAGAGUGGGGAAAUAUUGCUUUAUAGAGUAUAGUAGAUGUAGGUUCAGGACAACACGAGCUUUGCCAGGUAGGACUGGAGAAGAAGUGAGCCUGGAAGAGAGCGAGGAGGAGGCAGAGGGUGGGGAGGAGCCCUAUUGAGAUGUUUUGGGGAAGAGCCCUGACGAGAUGCUUUGGGGCCACUGCCAUACGCCGGGACCCUUCCUGCUGUGCCACGGAGAGCUGCAGAAGGACACCCAGAAACCACCACCAUGGGCCAGGAAGAUAGAGGUUGUCUGGGGAGAACAGGAGGUGACGUCGGCGGGAGCCUCACCGGGAUGCGUUGUGGCUGUUGGUCCUGGAAGAGACACAACCUAUGGCAUCCCUUGCCAGUCCUCAUUUCCCACCUCUCCCUCAUCAUCUCAUCUGAGAAGGAAGGAACUGGGAUCUGUCAAGCGGUGGCUGAGGAAACGUUCCCACUUCUUCAUGCUACCCCAUGAUCUGGUGUCCUGGCAUCUCUGCAGCAUAUCCGUAAGGGGGCGGGGGAAGUGGUGGUGAGAGUCACGUCACCUGUGGCUUAGAGAGAGAGGUAAGGUGGGGCUUUCUCCUCUCAGCCCUUCAUGGUGGAGCUCCUGUGCACCCUAAGGGAUGGGACAAGCACUGGAGAAAUGAACCACCUCCAAAAUCUGCUCGCCCUGUCUCCAGAGAAAGGGUUGAAGGUGUUAGAAAAACAGACCAACAAGAAGAAUGUAGGUCAUUUCAUUGACUGUUACAUAGAUAAACUCAGCACGGGCCUUGCAAAGGUCUGCUUGGCCUCAUCCUUUUUUCUUUUUCCUGUUACUUUUCCUUCCUUUUGGACUCAGAUUUGUUCCAAGCUGCCCCUCCCUGGAAGGCAGAGAGAGAAAGAGGGAAAGACAGAUCCACCAAUGUACCUGGAGAUAUUUGGUAUACAGAGAUGUUGCCUUAGGACAUUGAGACAAACUGACAACACAAAUAAUGUCCACUUGGAAACAAACAAACAAACAAAAAAAUAAUCUAUUUUUUUCCUUCUUCUUUUCUUUUCUUCAAUAAAAAGAGAACUUGAAACCCGAGACCUUUCCUUUCUUUGGCUCUUGUCGUUUCGAAUACCUUUCUGUGCCGUACAAAUACACAGGCAUGGGGUGAGGAUGCCACCUACUGAAGGUGGAAGGCAAGUUGCUGAGUGGAAAGUUUGGGAUGGUGGGAACACACAGCCCCAUCGCUGCUCACUUGCAAUACUUCGCUUUGCUUUAUUCAUUUUCAGCUGUGGUUAUUUUCCCCUUAUUGGCUCUUCUCCUUCCACUGUGCCCAGAGCCAACAGGCAGGUUUAUACUCCUACCAGAACAAAAAGGUGGAGCUGGUCAGUAGAGUGGGACAUUUUUCAUCAUAAAGUGCUGUCUUUUUAUUUCAACGUUUAAAAAAUAGCAUUUUUUUUUUUCAUUGGACAUUACUCAUUGUUAUUUACAAAAAGAGAAAAAAGUUCUCUACAUUUCACACCCAAAAAUGUUGUGCAAUAUUUUUAACCUUAAAAAAUAAACCACUGACAUUUCAAGCAGACUUUUAUUUCUUUGAUUUUUUCCUACCAUUUCCAACAGUGUGAUCCUUAUGGGUCCCUUCCAACUUGGGAUAUUCUAUGAUUCUAUGACGUUUGGAACAACUCUUCCAGCUUUGGAGAUGUGCUGUGCCAAACUUCUGCUUGUGAGCAGCCAUAUUGUUCCAGACAGCAGUAAAACUUGAUCAGGGUCUGCAUUGUUACUGCGUGUUUGAGUGUCUCCUUUUUUUAUUAUUUAACAUUUUUAGGGAACAAGAAUGAAUACGAGAGGUUAACCAAUCACUGACCCCAGUCUUGCUUCUCUCAUUGAGAGACAUUGCUUGACAUCCAAACGUCUCUGCUUCCGCUUUCCAUUGGGCCAUGUGGGUUUUUGGUCUUAAAGGACAGUGACAUCUACCUUGCCAUUAAGUGUGUAAUAUACUGGAUGAAUGGAAAGAAAAAUUAAAAAAAAGAAACAUCCAAACAUUUUAAAAAUAAGGAAAAUUAUUACUUACAAAAACUGUGAUAUUAUCAUCCAAUUUUAGAUUAUUUUAUGAAACAGGAAAGCACAAAGGCCUCCCUCAGAUGCCGGGUUGUAUGAUAUUGUACUUAUUAUAGUUACACAUAAUGAAUUUUAGCAUACAGAUAUCUUUAUACUGUGUUUUAAAUCUUUUCUCUUUUUUUCCUUUUUUUUCCUCCCCUCCCAUGCCCAACCAAACCUCCCCUUUUCUCCCCAGACCUUUCUCACUCACCCAUUCACUCCAGCCGAUUUGCAGGACAUUAACGGUGUUAUGUAAUUACAGAGAUAAAUGUUUGUUUAAUAACUGUUGAUAUUCGACUUUCUCUGCUCAAUUCCUCCAGUUAAUUCUGUUUUCCCUCGCCCUGCCCCGCCCCAUACCAUGCUUUCCCUUCCCUCCUAUGUUUGUCAGGUUUUUUUUUUCUGUACAGUUUUCAGAGCACAAAAUGAAUGUGUCUUAUUUCUAAUAAAAGAGGUGUAAACUCUAG